AAGGUUCAGCUUAGUUCCCUUCCCGCUGUAUUUCCCGUGCCUGGGUUGUGCUUUACGGAGUGGAGUGGAGAGAGAUGGGCCCCCCCUCUCCCCCCGACAAAGGAUUUGUAAACUCUGCAAAAACCUCGCAGAGGUCACAGCCCCUUCAGCGCAUCAAACCCUCGGAGCAGAGAGAGGGGUUGGACUGCGGUGAACUAGAGCGAUCGCUUGCUCGGCCGUCUCCUGGUUCUGCCUGGCCCGUUGCUAGGGAGAAAGGGGACGCGCGCCGAGGCCCCUCAGAGUGGCCUCAGCGCAGGCGCCUGGGCUGCUGAGUCGCAUCCACUACAGGCCUAGCUGAAUCUUCCCUCGAGUUCCCCUCUUCUGGGUCCGGAACACGGAAUUCAUUGUCCUCCCGGGACGGGGGAGAAAACGGGGUGUGUGGGUCUGAGGAGAAAGAUGGAGUCAGGAAAGAGAAGAACUAAAGAUGACACUUGGAGAACUGAUGACCUCAAGAAAUACCUUCGGGCAUCACAGUCAGAUACUCAAAAAGAAGAAAGGAAACAUAGAGAAAGGAAACCACACAGAGAUUCAGAAAUGAAUGACUUGUUUGAAUACAAAGAGUAUAAACACAAAGAUCAAGAAAGAGAGAUAAUGAAAAGCAAAGAAAGGACAGGGGAAAGAGACAGUCAUAUAACUAAAGACACUGGGAAAGGUUAUUAUGGUGAUAGAGACAAAGAUAAGCAAAAAGAAAAGAGAAAAGAAACAAAAGAACAAGAAAGAGAGAAAAAUAAAGAGAAACAUCGUGAACAGGAUACCGAGAAGGAAAAAUAUCACCGAGGGAAGGACAAAGAUAAAGAAAGAAAAUUUAAGAAAGAAGAUUUUAAGCAAAGUGUCAUAUCACAUCAUAACUUAAAGGGAUUUGAAAUGCGAGAUAAAGAUCUGGAAAAAUUAGAAAAGAAGAUUUUUUCAGGAAUUAGAGGAAAAGAUAAAGACAGAGAACAGAGAGAUGAUUCUGAAAGAAAAGAUGAAGACAGAGAAAGAAAGUACCGAGAAAAGAAGUAUGGUGAAAAUAAAGAGUUUACUCUCAAAUAUUAUCUGCAUAAAGAAGAUGGAGAAAAAAAGCACAAGAGGCAAAAAGAACAAGAACAAGAGAAGAAACACAAAGAAAAAAGCAGCACUAGGGAAAAGAGAGAAAAGGUAUCCAAAGAAAAAAGCAGUACUGCCUGUGACAAGGAUGGGGAAGAAAGACAUAGAGAGAAACGACAUAAAGAUGGAGUUCCUUUUGAGGAUGAGAGACUGAAAAAUAUCACAGACAAAAAAGAAAAAACAUCUAAAGAAGAGCAUAGAAAGAAAAAGGAAUCCAAGACUAGUGAACACAGAAGUGGAGGAGCAAAUUUCAAAAGAGAAAAUAUAUCUGGCAGCCAGCAUAUAGAGAAUUCAGGAAAGAAUGGUGGAAAGGACAACAAAGACACAAGAAGAAAGCAAACUAGUGAAGAAGGAAUGUCAGUAUGGAAAUCCGCCCCAAGGCAAUCAAGUGAGGAAACUGAUGAUGUUGAAAAGGAAGACAUUGAUUUAGAAGAUGAUGGUGCUGAUGACUACACAGCCAAUUAUGAAGAUGAUUUUGAAGACUAUGAAGAUGAUUUUGAUAAUGGUGAUGGUGAUGGAGCUGAUGAUGAUGAUGAUGAUGAUGAUAAUCAUGAUGAUGACAGUGGUGGUGGUGCUAAAGAACAGAUAAAGGAAAGGGAAGAAGAUCCUCUAGCCAGGAAGAUGGAGAUACAAGAAAUCCAAAGAGCUAUUCAUGCAGAAAAUGAAAGAAUUGGUACAUUACCUUCAAAGCGAAUUCAAAAGCAGUUUCAAACAGAACUUGAAAAAGAACCAAGGACAGAAGCAAAAGAAUCCCCUUCUAGAGGCUCUCUCUGUGGAAUAUUUAUGGACUUUGCUGCAGCUUCACAGCGACAUUGUCGGAAUCAUGCCCUUAAGCAGCGGACACGCAGUGCAAAGUUACUUCGACUGAUUGACAUGGAUUUUUCAUUUAGUUUUUCUCUCUUGGAUCUGCCACCAGUAAAUGAGUAUGAUAUGUACAUAAGAAACUUUGGUAAAAGAAAUACUAAGCAGGCAUAUGUUCAGUAUAAUGAAGAUAAUGUUGAAAGAGAUGUUCAAACUGAUGAAAUAGAAACCCAUGAAGUAUGGACCCAACAUCCUGGUGAAAGUACCAUUGUAUCGGGAGGUACUAAAAACAGCAGAGAUAUAUCUGAUGGUACAUAUGUAACAAAGAUUGACACACCAAGGUUAGCUAGUUUUCUCCGGGCUGCUUGUCAGGUGAUUGCUGUAUUACUUGAGGAAGAUCGUGCUGCAACUGAACCCAGUUGGAAUCUCAGGUCUCAAGAAAAUGCCCUUAAUAUUAGUGAAAGCUGUGCCCAGAUGAACACUAACCUACCAUUCCUACAAAAUCGAAAAGUGUCCUCUUUACAUGUUUCUGAAAUUCAGAGACAAACUUUAGUUUCUGUUCAUGAGUUACCUGAAAAGCCGUUCUCUGAUAUACUGGAUAAAAGAUAUAUUCUCUGUGUAUGGGACAUUUGGCAGCCUUCCAGCCCUCAGAAAAUUUUAAUCUGUGAAUCAAAGGUCAUGUGCUGCUGUUUUAGCCCUUUUAAAGCAAUUUUACUAUUUGCUGGAACAAUCCAUGGCUCAGUAGUUUUGUGGGAUCUACGAGAGGACUCCAGGAUGCAUCACUACGUAAAAUUAAAAGAUUGUGUUUGGACAUUCAGAACAGCAACAUUUUCUACUGAUGGUGUUCUUACUAUAGUAAACCACAGAAGUCCCGUUCAAUCAAUAGAACCAGUUUCAACUGUCUACAGAAAACAGAACUUUGUGCUUUCACCUUUCUCUAAUCAAGAAGAAAUAUCCAGUUUGUCAUUCCACAUUGCUUCAUUGGAUGAAAAUGGAAUUCUUAAUAUAUGGGUGGUGGUUGAACUACCAAAAGUGGAUUUUGCAGGUUCCCAAAGUGAUCUAGGUUUAAUACCAGGAGGAAAGAUAAAGCUGGUACACAGCUCUACAAUUCAGUUGAAUAACAGCUUUCCCCCUAAAGUUAACACAAGUGUGAGGCCUAUGCAGACACUGAUUGUUAAGUUUUUACCUUCAGAUCCUAAUCGUUACAUUAUUGGUACAGACAGGGGUGUUAUAAGUCAUGGUGCAAGACAUGAUUCAAAAGUGUCGCCAAAACUGUUCAAACCUCAGCAACGUGAAGAAAGACCAGUGAAAGUUACUGUGAUUGACUUUUCACCAUUUGGAGAGCCAGUGUUUUUGGCUGGCUGUUCAGAUGGAAGCAUUAGAUUACAUCAGCUAAAUUCUGAAUGUCCAAUUUGUCAGUGGAAUAACAGUACCAAUGGCCAGGCAAUUAUCGCCUUAAAGUGGACACAGACAAGACCUGCUGUGUUUUUGGUCCAGGAUGACAUAUCCAACAUUUACAUUUGGGAUCUAUUAGAAAAUGAUCUGGGACCUGUCGCCAAACAACUUAUCUCUCCAGAUAAGCUCGUAACUACAACAGUCAUGGGUGAUCCAGAAAAGACAAACAGAUUCCUUGGUCUGGCACUGGCCAGAACAUCUGGGAUGAUUGAAAUUCAGUACCUGAAGAAGAAAUGGACGUCACCCAAGAAAGAAGAGCAAAAGAGACUGCGUUUGCUUUUGCAGGAAGCCCUCUAGAAACAGAAAAAUAGUUUCCUAAGAGAUUCAUAAAAAAUGAACAUUACCCAGAGAAUUUUCAUUCAAUGAUUAAAACUGCAUUAGGUGUUAUUAAGAGGUGUAUACUUUAAUAGCUACUACAUCUAUGUGCAUGUAUAUUUCUGUAUAUAGUAUAUAUAUUCUAUAUAUAAUUAAUUUUACUAUUGACUUCAGUGUUUCCACUAAAAUCAAUAUUUUUAAACAGGAAAAGAAGUGAUACUUUCAUAUCUAUUGAACUGAAAAGGAAAUAUACAUUAUGGGCACUCCAAAUGUAUUGUUUAUGGAGGAUCUUUGUAUAUAUAUUUUUCAGAAUAGCUCUAAAAUGCGAUCAUCAGAUUCAUUACUGUCUUUUAAAUCACCCACCAGGAAAUGAAUUUUAAUGGACUGUUUUCUUAUUCACACAAAAAUAUCUAUGCCUGUCCAAGUUAAAAGCAGUUCCAGUGUUGAACAUUUCUUUGCUAGUUGUUUUUUUCUCAAAAACUCCUUCUGCCUCAUUUUUGGGCACCAUUUUUAGCAACAUUUAUCCAGUCUUGUAAUAUUAAAUACCCUGUUAAAAAGAUAAUUUAAAGUCAAGAAAACCUGGAAGUGAUAGACUUUUCCAAUAUUAGAACUGGAAGAAAGGAGUUUAGAGAUUAUGUAGUUUAAUUCUUUCACUUGACAGAUGAGGGAAUAGGCCCAGCAAGGCUUGCUUAAGCUUAUGUAAUCAACCAAGUAGAAUCCUGAUUCUCAGCCCAUUGCUUCUUCUAUUACAUCAGGCUGACAAUUCACACGAACAAGUGGACAGGUAGGAGCAUUUUUUUUCCCUUCGCGGGUUGUCGAAAAGGUCCAUAUGGCCCAUUAGAGACAUUGAAACUUUUGUUUCCGUGAAGAAUAAUUCAAUUCAACAAGCCAAGUAGAUAAAAAUCUACUCCAGAGACAAUUCACAUGGGAGGUAUCAUUAUUAGUACCAUGCUUGACAAGAUGUAGCCAGAGAAUCAUCUGUUUAGAAUGGAACCUUGCAAUCAUCAAGUCCAACUCUUUUCCUGAAUUCAGAAAUCCUUUCUACAACUCUGACAUGGUCUUCCAUUUUCUCCCUAAAUAUUUUCAGUGAUGACUAGACUAGCUCCUCCCUUCAUAAGAGUUUUGUUAUUGUAUCACUCAAAAUAUUAGAAUAAAAGUUCUUUUGUUACAUUGAA